AAAUGACGACAAACGGGUUCGAUCCAUUCGAGUGGCGUUCAUUCUACUUCCCAGGAAUGAGCCGUGAAGAGGCUCACAAGUUGCUCGGCGAGCCACAAGUAUCGAUCGGCACCUUCCUAAUGCGGGAUAGCUCACGCCCCGGUGAAUAUUCACUGACAGUACGUGAAGCCGACGAGGGAAAUGCCGUUUGUCAUUAUUUGAUUGAAAGAGGAGAACCGAAAGAAGAUGGAACUGCUGCAGCUGGCGUGAAAAUCGCGAAUCAGUCGUUUCCAGACAUUCCGGCGUUGUUGAAUCAUUUUAAAAUGCGAGUUUUGACUGAGGCAAGCCUGCUGGCCGCCUACAAGAAGCCUAUCAUUGAGGUUGUCGUCGGAACAUUCAAAUUCACAGGGGAACGAGAGACAGAUCUUCCGUUUGAGCAAGGAGAGCGGCUCGAGAUUCUUUCAAAAACGAACCAGGAUUGGUGGGAGGCGAGAAACGCGUUGGGAACCACUGGAUUAGUGCCGGCAAACUAUGUACAAAUUCAGAUGGAAUUUCACAAUGACAGAACCUCAAAAGGCGCCAGUCAAUCGUCGAUCGGAAGCAGCGGAGGUGGCGCCGAACGAUUUUCGAGCGCCAGCACGAGCAGUGAUAAUAUUGAGCUCCAGCCCCGUCUGCCAGCAAAAGCCAAAGUGACGUUCGAUCGUGUCCCAAACGCCUACGAUCCGACCCAAUUGCGUGUGAAAAAGGGGCAAACAGUGCUUGUAACUCAGAAAAUGUCCAACGGAAUGUACAAAGCGGAACUCGACGGCCAAAUUGGCUCGGUGCCUCAUACAUACCUCAGAUUCACCGCCGUCAGCGAAUAAAAUCGUUUUUUUUUUCUAAAUUUUUAACCUUGAAAUUUAUUGAUUCGCUUGCCCCUCCACCAGUUUUCCUCUAAUACAUUACAGCUUUACCAUAGAAAAAAAUCGUUUUUUUUUCCAAAUUAUAUUUAUAAUGAUAUCAUGCACAAUUUUCGUUGCCUUUUCCGCCCACCGAACCCCAAUUCGUGUCCAUUCCAUUUUGUUCACUUUUCCCUUUCAACCUGCCGGAUGAUUAAUAAACCGUUUUAAUUAUGA